AUGUCUAAUGCUGGCGGCAGCAUCAGAAGAGGAGUGCAGGAGGGCACAGAAGCCCUCUUGCAGACACUAGGACAACUAGGAUAUCAGGCAUCCACAAAGAAGGCCCAAAUAUGCCAAAAAGAGGUCAUCUACCUAGGCUAUCAAUUAAGGGAUGGACAGAGAUGGCUGACUGAGGCACGUAAACAGACUAUUACUGACAUCCCUGCCCCUAAAAAUCCCCGCCAGCUGCGGGAGUUUCUGGGGACUGCAGGGUUCUGCCGCCUCUGGAUUCCAGGGUUUGCGGAGAUGGCUGCACCCCUAUACCCUCUCACCAAACAAGGGACUCUGUUUAAUUGGGGAGAGGAACAACAGAAGGCAUUCCAGGAUAUUAAAAAGGCCUUGCUGGCCUCCCCAGCGUUGGGCCUCCCUGAUACCACCAAACCCUUCAAAUUUUUUGUGGACAAAUGGCAGGGCUAUGCUAAAGGAGUACUCACACUCAGAGACUGGGCCCCUGGAAGCGUCCAAUAG